CGCCGCCCCCCGCGGCGGUACGCGGUGCCGUGUGUUUUCGCCUAAACAUGUCUAGAACAUUUUGCCAUACUCAAUAUUUUACGAUCACGAACAGACCAGCCAUGUACUUUAACCUUCCAACCCUGCUAAUAGCUAAAAGAUUAAAACUAUAAAAAAUAAACCCUAUUUUAAUGCCCAACCUAUUUUGUCAUUACACCUCAGCAAUAUUUUCUCCCAAUGACUCAAUGUUAUCAACCAAUCGUUGGAUGGCUCCAAUGUUAUCAUUAUCAACCCGAUUACUGUUAGCAUAUAUAUAGCUAGGCUUUGUAAUUUCAAAAUCAUUGAAUUGUGAUACACAGUUGCUACCAUCAACAUGGCUUUCCUCGGUAAAACUUACAAGUUCGUGGGCCAGGAGAACUUCGACACUUUCCUCAAAGUUGUCGGUGUUCCUGAUGAGAAAAUCCCAGACAUUUUGAAGUUCGCCCCUGACUUCAAGCUAACCAAGGAUGGUGACACCUACACCUACGCCACCGUCAGGUCCUCAGGCCCUGCUGAAGUGAAAUUCCAGUCUGGAGUGGAAUUCGAUGAUGUCAUUGGCGAGGACAAGACUCCCGUCAAGAGCACAUACACAGUCGAUGGAAACACAGUCACACAGGUCAUCAAGAGUGACAAAGGUAGUGCUUCCUUCAAGAGAGAGUUCAACGGUGACGACCUUGUCUUGACCAUUACAGUUGAGAAAUGGGACGGCCAAGCCAAGAGAUUCUACAAAGCCGCAUAA